ACGAGUCCCUUUGGGUGCGGCCCGCAGGAAGUACCACCACGAGACCCGACUACUGCUCACUAUCUACUCCUCUUCGUCAUCUCAAUUGAAAUUUGAGAGAGAGAGAGAGAGAGAGAGAGAGAGAGAAUGGCAUGGAGAUUGCUACUAUCUACCAGCUACAUCAAACCGUUCCGUCUUCUUCCUCCUCCUCCUCCUCAUCAAAUCCCCUCUCCAAUUCUCAAUAUAAACAAUACCCAAUUUCACUAUAACAAUAGCAACAAAACCAAUAGCCGGGCAUUGAACUUGAGAGGCCCAAUUCAACGCCGGGCCCAAGAUAAGAACAGCGCCGGCAGCGGUGGAGUCUCGGAUGAGCAAGCCGAAGUAGUUAGAAGGGCUCAGCAGGUGGGCCUUUGGGCCGCAGAGGCCGCUUACAUUCUUUGGCUUUUCCUUCUUCCUUAUGCUCCUGGUGACCCUUUAUGGGCUAUAAAGUCAAGUACUAUCAGUGAUCUCAUUGGCCUCUCACUCAAUUUCUUCUACGUUUUGCCCUUAUUGAACUACGCUGGAAUUCAUGUGCUUGAAGCCCCAGUACUUCACCCGAUGUCCGAAGGACUGUUCAAUUUUGUUAUUUCUUGGACACUCUUGUUCGCCCCACUAUUAUUCACAGAUUGCAGAAGAGACCGAUACAAAUGGUCACUAGAUAUCUUAUGGGGAUUUCAGAUGUUUCUCACAAACACUUUCUUAAUACCUUACAUGGCAAUUCGUCUCAAUGACAAGGAUUUAAAUACUCCUCAAAAACAAACUCCAUUAGCGUCAUUGAUGACAAAUGGUGCACAAGUUGUAGGCUUAAUCGGUGGAGGUGUAUGUCUUCUUUCAAUAUUCUGGGCCCUUUUUGCUCGUGGUGAUGGUGAUUUUGGAAACAUCACAGAUCGUUUGGAGUUUUUGGGUAGUUAUCUUGGAUCAGAGAGGCUAGCUUACGCUUUUAUAUGGGAUAUAUGCCUUUAUGCCAUAUUUCAGCCUUGGUUGAUAAGAGAUAACCUUCAAAAUGUGAAGCCAAGGUAUCAAAAAAUAGUAAGGAAUUUAAGGUACAUUCCUGUUGUAGGCCUGGUUGCCUACCUUGUAAGCUUAGAUGAUACUGCAGGUGCAGAUAUUUAGUAUGAUAUCGGUUUUGUUAUCUUGUACGUGGAAUGUUUGAAGUCGGUCGAGAUUGCUGCUGUCAAUGAGUUUACAAAUCUUGAGAAUAUAGGAAGUAUGUUGUUGUAUGCUAAUGUAUGUAUCUUGAUAUUUAUCUCAAGAGACAAGUUACCAUUUGAUUAAAUGGAUUAGCUAAGAAUGGUAUCUCAUUUUACUUGGCUAAUAGGCCUCAUGCAAUUAUAUGUUGAUUAACUUA